ACUAGAUGAGUCAGGAUCCAAUCCCAUCAGCACUUGAGAUCCUUCCAGACCUACAUCCUUAUCCCAAAUCAUCAGCAACAAAGAGAUUCUGUCAUCAUCCCACUGCAACAAGAAGGAGCCUGCGGUGAAGGUCACCCAUGGGUGCAGCCCUGCAGGUGACAGCGUUUGGGCUCGCUCUUCUCUCAACGCUCUUCCUACUCCUGGCCACGUGCACGGACUGCUGGAUGGUCAAUGCUGAUGACAGCUUGGAGGUAAGUCACAAAUGCCGGGGCCUUUGGAGGGAGUGUGUCACCAACAUGCAGGACGGGGUCAGGACCUGCGACCAGUAUGACUCCAUUCUGGCUGACCACCCAGUGAAGAUCGUGGUGACACGGACCCUGAUGAUCACGGCGGAUCUCCUGGCUGGCCUGGCCUUGGCUACACUGGUCCUUGGGCUUGACUGCAUCACGUUCCUCAAGGAAGAUCCUCGUGUCAAACUGAAGAUGUGCUAUGGAGCUGGAGUCAUACUCGGCGCUGGGAGCAUCCUGGGACUCGUAGGCUCCCUGUGGUAUGCUGUGGACGUCUACGUGGAGAGGGCCAUGCUGGUGUCACACAAUAUAUUCCUGGGAGUCCACUACGACUUUGGGUGGUCGUGCUGGCUGGGGAUGGCUGGCUCCACUGGCUGCUUUGUGGCAUCUGUCCUGCUGACCUGCUGCCUCUAUGCCUGCACAGGUCAGUCUGUCUCAUUCCACCCCGUCCUAUCUCAAGUUCCUUUUUGCCCUGCAGGAAUAAGGGGUGAAGGACCAGCUCAGGGGGUCCAGGGGUCUCUUGCAGGGUCCAACCCAACCAAGGGGGACCCCUUUGUGCCCGGCUUGUGCCCCUUGACUGGGGAGGCUACACAAGGCAGAAUAGGGCUGAGUGAGGGGUCCCAUAAACCCUAUAAAUGCAUGAAGAGGGUGCAGGGGUCCACACACAUCUGUGGGCCUCCAGGUCCUGGUGAAGAUGUGCUGAUGUUUACUCAAGGCAGUAGCUGUGCUGGAGCUGAAUCCCUGUCAUCAGCCAAAGCCUGAGCCAGUGGCUGCAGGGGUGUGCUGGUUGAAAUCCAGCCCCACCACCAGGGACAUUGAUGCCUCCCCAGAUGUCAUCUCCGGUCCUUAUUCCUGGUCCCAAGGGGUGGAAGUCAGCCCUGCUGCCUGCCCAUUUCUCCUGCCGUGUCCCCCUGCUGUGGCAGUCCCAAGUCACCCUGCAACUGCUGGCUGUGACACAACCCCAACUCUUUCCUGGUAGCCCCCAGCAGCCGCUGUGAGCCCCAGAGGCAUCCCCAGCCCCGGGGCCAAAGAGCCACCAGCAAGAUGUAUGCCAUGGAUUCCCGUGUGUGACGGCCAACGGCACCUCCUGCAGCCAGCCCCGGUACGGGACACUGUCCCUGCCAGUCCGACCCCGUUAAAGCACUGCCACCCGUACUGAGACAUUUCUGCAGCUGCUCCCAGGCUCUGACACAGCCAGCUGGCUGCUAAGAGUGAGGGCACUGCAGCACUCAGCCAGGGAAGGGGUUUUUUCCCCACCUCCAGCCAGGUUUCAUGAAAAUAAAUCCCAGAAAAGUGUUGCUUUAAGAAAAGAUGCCCCUGUUCCCUGGGGAAGCUGUCAGGACCCUGAGGGCAGAGCAGCUCCUCUGCCAUUGCUCAGCCCAUGCUUUGGGGUAUUCAGUGGGAAGUCUUUUCUGCACGGAGCAGCACUGACUCCACGUGGCUGGGAGCCCUGGCUCCUCCCACACCAGCCCCACUGGAAACCUUCCCUGGGCUCGGACACAGGGCAGCACAAAAUUUGUGCUCCAAAACUGGGUAAAACCAGGAGUCUGGAACACUCAAUGUUUUCAUGGGGGAUCAAGGAACACCAAAGCCAUACACACCAGACACGAGGAGGUGAGUCAGUCUGAAGCCUGAUGGAGAUGCUCCACCAGCAGAGUGGGGUUUUUGAGUUCAUGCAAAAUGGGAUUUCUGUUUUCCAAAUGAAUUAUCUUUCAGCACUUGUAAACCAUUAUAAAAACAAACCAGAACCUGAAACCAGCACCAACUCAAUCCCCAUCACGCUCAAUUACUGAAUGUUUGCUCAUUCACUGACUUCUCACCCCAAGCUAAGCACAGACACCACACAGCACAGGGACACCAAGCAGAAGCUCCUCAGCGCUGUCACCCUGAGAGGAGGCAGGCCGAGCUCCAGGGCACAGCAGAUGGUGCUGCAGGGGCACGGUCAGUCCCCAAAACAGAUAGGGGUGAAGUCACAGUCCCAGUCCUGCAGCCCAGGCAAGCUGCAAAGCACCUGCACGUUCCUCCAGGACCCAGAGGAGCUGCGAGGGUCCUCUUGAGCCAUCUGCCCCUUCACAUGAAGCCAAAAGGCAGCAAGGCUGCUGCUUAUUGCAGGUUCUCACACUUUUGCCAGAUGGCAUGUCCAGGGCAAGUCUGUGCCCAUCACCAGCAAAACCCCAGGAACCCAGGGAAGGAGAAAAUCCCAACACUGAGUGACAGGAAGAAGGAGCAGAGAUGAGACUUUGCUGUCAAACAGCAGUGUCUGGGGGGCAGGAUGCUCCCAGAUGGCACAGCCAGGGGAUGGGCAGGUGGGAGCAUUACAAGGUGCUUGGAGAGAGCAAAGCCAGGAGCACUGGGAUUGUUGGGACACUGGAGCCCACAGGAAAAUGAAGAGCACAGAGCUCACCAGGACAUAGGAAGGUCCCACGAGCUGCCCUUGGACAGGGGUUCUAACGGGUGCUGUCAGAGCACGGCACAGCUGGGCACAGACAAGGGGGAGCCCCACGCUGAGGGAGCAGCCCCCACUCCCCAGGUUCUCACCACGGCACUGGGCUGCAGCCAAAGCCACUUUUGGCACAAGGCACAGCUCUGGCUCCGUGC